GGGAGGAAGUGGGGGGAGGGGUUCAUUGAGAGCUUCUCUGCCACGCCUAGUCGUUGCUCCAGGCUGAGACGCCAAGCCAAAAGCCGAUCCCGUCAGCAGAGCUGAACAGAGACUCAGAAGGCUCCCAGGGUGACUGCCUGCUCCUUUUCGAACCAGCCUCCUUGCAAAGCGGUCUCCUUUCCACCAGCGCUCCCAGCCAUGGCGAGAAACCACCAGGUGCAAAAAGCCAAGCUGGCCGAGCAGGCCGAGCGUUACGAGGACAUGGCUGAUUUCAUGAAGGCAGUGGUGGAGCACGGGGAUGAGCUCUCCAAUGAGGAGCGCAACCUCCUCUCUGUUGCCUAUAAGAACGUGGUGGGAUGCCAGAGGUCCGCCUGGAGGGUCAUCUCCAGCAUCGAGCACAAGACUGAAGAGGGUGAUGACAAAGCGCAACUGGUGAACGAAUACCGGGAGAAGGUGGAGGGGGAACUGAAGGACGUCUGCAACAUUGUCCUGGGGCUGCUGGACAAGUAUCUCAUUAAGAAAGCCAGCGAUGCAGAGAGCAAAGUCUUCUACCUGAAGAUGAAGGGAGACUACUUCCGAUACCUGGCCGAGGUAGCCACCGGGGAUGAGCGCAAGGAGACCAUAGAAAAUGCUCAGAAAGCUUACCAGGAAGCAAUGGACAUCAGCAAGAAGGAGAUGCAGCCCACGAACCCCAUCCGCCUGGGGCUUGCCCUCAACUUCUCCGUCUUCCACUACGAGAUCGCCAACGCCCCAGAGCAGGCCAUCACGCUGGCCAAAACCACGUUUGAUGAAGCCAUGGGAGACCUGCACACGCUCAGUGAAGACUCGUACAAGGACAGCACCCUCAUCAUGCAGCUGCUCAGGGACAACCUUACGUUAUGGACGGCAGAGUGCGCGGGAGAAGACGGUGGAGAAGCCGGGGAAGAGCCUAAGAACUGAACUGCAGCCCACCAAGCAAUGGUCACUCUCCCUGUCCCUCCUCCUUUUUUGUAAGACACGUCUCGGCUCCCAAACGCUCUGCCUGGAUUCCAACAGCAAAGGGGACUGACUGGUCUGUGCGUAUGGUAUUCACACGUAUAUCUUGCCUUUUCUCAUGGCAGCUUUGAGACAAUUCCCCCUUCCCUGACCCUCCCCCCUCCUUCCACAUUUCUUGUGAUCUUCCUGCUGGGGUGGUUACUGCUGUGGAAGGGCACUAAUAGCUUCACACAGACUUGGGUGUCCCCCCCCAUUGUCAGUAACACCAGGGGUUCCUGACCGCCCCCCAGCACUGGGGCCUGCGGGUGCCUCCUGGCACCUAACAUUUAAAAAGGGGAAGCUGAGUUUGGUUUUCGGGGUAAAGAUACCAAAACCUAGUCGAUCGCCGCUAGAGAGUGCGCUCUCCUUUGCUUUCUGUAGUGACUUAUUCUGCAGGGUUCCUCUACGACCUCCUGGGUAUUCCUUGAGUCAGUAGGAGGCUGGAGGUUUUGGGCCAUGGGGGGGUUCUUUGUAGUGGGUUAAGAAUGACAAACUUGAGGUGCCUCCUGUAUUUGUGUAUUGCCAAAGCCACUGCCUGCCUGUCCCUCUCCAAUAAAACUGCACUUACACUCCUGC